UUAUCAAGGAUAUUUCAAGUAAUUUAAAAAGACAGGUGUCAGUCACAGCUACCACUGGGAUGGCAAGUAUGCAGCUAGGAUAUGGGGCGACGACAUUGCACCACUGGGCAGGAAUCCUAGAUGGACGAUAUUCUUGUGAAGAGUUGGAGGAGUUGUUUUUAAAUGAUGAUAAGUUUGCUGCAGCAAGAGAGAGAAUACAGAGUACAGAGAUAUUGAUAAUUGAUGAAAUCAGCAUGCUGUCAAAGAAAAUUAUUGAACAAAUUGAAUAUGUUUGCAGACUGCUUUUAAAGAAAGAAAUGGUGUUUGGAGGUUUACAGGUUAUUGGAUGCGGUGACUUUAAACAGUUGCCCCCAGUUCCAAAUUAUAGAUAUGGAGAUGAUGGGUCAUAUUGUAUAGAGAGCAAUGUCUUUCAGAAGACCUUCCAGCAUCACAUUAAUUUGACAGAGGUAAAGCGACAAAAUGAGCCAGAGCUAGUGAGGGCAGUAACUGAACUUUGUAACGGAACACCUUCUGAGGACACUGUUCAACUCCUGCGCAGUUUAGACAGACCUCUUCCUGAAAAUGUAGAGAUUACUAGGCUGUAUGGAACGAAUUUUGAAAUCAAUUAUAUCAACCAUGAAUGUAUAGAGGAUGAAAAUGGUCCAAUCUUCACAUACAAGGCUAAAAAUGAAGGUCCAAGGCAUCUUUUACAUCAACUAAAUGUACCUAAUACUCUCAUCUUAAAGGAAGAGGCUCCAGUAAUGUUGACAAGGAAUUUGGUAGGGAGUUUGUAUAAUGGAUCCAGAGGAAAAGUGCACACCUUAAAGAAAGACUGUCCUCCAGUGGUCAACUUCAAUGGAAAAUUAAUUGAAGUUCCUUUAUAUAACUUUGAAGUGUACUCACAGGAACAAUCGAAAAUACUUGCUAGACGCACCCAAUAUCCGCUUAUUUUGGCUUAUGCAUUAACGGUGCAUAGAGCCCAAGGACAAACAUUACAAUAUGUAGACGUGGACUGUCAUUCUUUUUUUGCUCCAGGACAACUUGGUGUGGCCAUAGGAAGAUGUACUAAUGUCGAUGGGUUACGAGUAGAAAAUUUCAAUUUACAUGCAGCUUCGUUGAAGCAUCGUCAAUGUGUGUAUGACUUUUAUAGCAAGGAUACAUUCAUUGAACCUUUGGAUGACUUAUCCUGCUGCAGAAAAUAUGUAGAUGUAACAUUUUUUUGUAGCAGCCUUAGUCCUGGACAUUCAGGAAGCUUUGACUCAGGAUCGGAGACAGAAGAAGAAAAUGAGGACGAAUUGCAGGACUUUCCUCAGCUUACAAUUCCAUGGACCUUGGAUGACUUUUUUAAGGAAAAUGAAGGCCAUACCUUUAUAACAUGUCUGAACCCUGAAUUUAUGCUAUCAAAUGAAUUGAAACAACAUGCUCAAUAUUUGUAUUUCAAAAUCAGUAAUAUCACGAAAAAGCCUUUAAAUGUGAGCACAACCCCAAACUGGAACUCUGCGUACCGAGAGCUAAACAAGUUUAUUACCAGUGAUUCCCAUAUGCGUGCCUGUGAACAACUUUUUAGGACUAAAGACAUUUCAGCAUUACAGAACAAACUCUCUUCUAAACUAGUAUUUUGGCUAAUGGACAAGCUGAUCGAACAGAAAGCAAAUGAAUUGAUUGAUACACAUGGACAAAAUGUAUCAGAAGAAGUUCAUGCAGCAACCCAUACUCCAGCUGGUGAAGCCAAAAUCAGAUAUAUUGCAGGAGUGUGUCUACAUAAAGUUACCAAUAAAGUGAAAUGUUCAGUAGAAAGGAAUAUUGGCAAAACCACCAAGAAAAGCAAGAUCGCUCGUAAGCUGAAUUUCAAGAAACAACGUAUGUUGCAGUUUUUCCGAAUAAAAGAUGAAGCUUCAUGUUGUGAUCAAAGUAUGGUUGAGAUAUUACACAAACAGGGAGUCUCAAAAGGCUUAACAAUUGUUUGUAAUGAAAUGUUUGAAUUUUUUAUGGCUUUAAACACUUUAAUUCAGUGCAAUUUAUCUAAUGCAAAAUUUCAUCUGCAUGGUGAAGACAUAUUUUUAUACUGUAGAAAUGUUGUUGAUUCAGAUGAAGAUAUUCUUCAGCAGUGGGUCAAAUUGUUUGGGGAUUUUGAAGAUCAAGAUUUAGAGGAUGAAAUAUUCCUUGUUUUGGUUAUGGAAAUUUUUAAAGAUUUAACAGAGCAUUUUAUUAGAAUUGCAUUUGUAGAUGCAUUAAAAUAUUUUAAAUCAAUGGUACCCAGAAAGAAAAGGCAGGCCUUACGCAGCAAAAUCACUGCCCUUGGUGAGAGAGUAUGUGAGCCCAAAAAACAGAAAAGGGGUAACAAGUCAGAGAAUGACAGUUAAAAAAUUGUUUGGUUGCCCUCUCCCGACCGACUGACUAAACAAGGUCAGACUCAAAACCUUUUUCUACAUUCCAGUACACAAAUCAUUUUUUCUUUUAUUUCUCUUAUCUUAUGAAAUUUAUUUUUAAAAAAUUUUCCCAUCUACCUACUGACUCAAUGAUUUACCCUGAAUCGGGAGAGGGCAAGCAAAAAAUUUUUUUAAAGAUGAUCUUAUUUGUGAUUUUAUCUCCCUGGAAGAAGGUGAGGCCCUUCAUUUGAACAAAAUUGAAUCCUCUUUACCCAAGGAUAUUUUGUUUAUUUAAUGAUGCUAAAAGAGAGAUAGCAAUGUAAAGUGAGUGUAGUCUAUGAUACUAAUAGAGAAAUGAAAAUGUUAUGUUUAAGUAACAGUAUAUAAAGAAUUUUAAUGUUAAUUUUUAGAAUAUGCUGCUCAUACAUGUGUAGACAAAAAAAAUGUUAAGUUUAUGGACGAAGCUACUAAUAGAGUGAUGAAGAUGUGAAAUUACUUUGUACCUGAUGCUAUAAGAGAAAUAGAAAUGUGAAGUGAGUUUAAUCUACGAUGCUAAUUUUUUUUUACAUGAUGCUAAAAGAGAAAUAAAAAUGUGAAGUGAGUUAAGAAAAAUGAAAAUGUUUUGUUUUAGUACCAGUAUAUGAUAUUUAUAAUAAAAAGAAAAAUUAAUGUUAAUUUUUAUAAUAUACAUGCUGCUCAUAUAGACCAAAAAAUGAUAAGUUUAUGAACUUGUUGCUACUAAUAGAAGGAUGAAAAGGUGAGUUUACAUAACAUGAUGCUAAUAAAAAAAGAAUGAAAAUGUGAAGUGAGUUUUCAUGAUGCUAAUUAUUACAGGCUCUGGAACCCCCAU